AGGGAGGUGAGAUGCCCUUCCCAAACCCCAGCCCUGCACUGGAGGAAUUGCCCUCAGCUCUCCCCAGCCCUGCAGCUGCCAUCAAGGGUGUCAUCCAGUUCCUAGAGGAAGAAAUUUAAACUCUAGAAAUCCUACUGAGAUGGGGAAAAUCAUCCUUUAUGAGCGUUCCAGCUUCCAGGGUUUAUCCAAAGAAUUCACCUCUGAUAUUGCCAAUCUAAGAGAUGCAGAUUGGAAUGAUCUUGCCUCCUCUGCAAAAGUAAUUGGCCAGCCUUGGGUGGUUUAUGAGCAUUCAAACUAUGGAGGCCAGUUUCUGGUACUUGAGGAGGGAGACCAUAGCUUUCUUGGUUCCAGGAUGAAUAACAAGGUCAGUUCUCUGCAGAUGAUCACUGAAGAUCUGAGCAAUCCUGAGAUCACUCUCUAUGAGCAUACCAACUAUCAAGGGAAGAGCAGGGUAAUAAAAGAAGCAACCAACCUGGCUGCGGGACACGACAAUGACAUCAUGUCUUCCCACAAAGUCCAGAGAGGUGCCUGGCUGCUGUGUGAGCACAGUGAUGGAAGUGGAAUUCAAUACCUUGCUCGAGAACGUGAAAACCUUCCAAAUUACAAGGCAAUCAAUUUCAAUGACAAGCUUUCCUUCCUGCGCCCCCUUCGCCCUGGCCGCUCCUAUUAGAAUGCAAAUCCUCCAAAGCUGAGGAAGAUGCAGCACCAGCAAGAAAUUUGAGACCUAGUUCUCUGCCUCUGCUUUUGUCACUUUCUUUGUGAAUUGUUUUAAAAUGUCCUUUUGAUACCAUGGCUUCUGCUAUUGUCUCUAAUCCAUUUUGUGCUGGUGCCAUUAAAGAAGCUCUUGCAAGCAA